AUGUCUUCUACCGUCUCUCCCGCUGAUGUCCGCAGCGAGGUAAGCGAGCUCAGCCUGCUGUUCGAGAUCAGCCGCAUCCUCGACUCCAGCCUCAACCUGCGCGACGUGGUGCAUCCGGUGCUGGAGGCUCUGGGGAGGCAUAUGGGGAUCCGCCUGGGAGUACUGAGCCUGUUGAACCGGGCCACCGAGCGCAUCUCCAUCGAAGCCGCUUACGGUCUGUCGGAAAGCCAGCAGCGCCGUGGCUGGUACAAGAUCGGCGAAGGAAUUACCGGCGGCGUGGUACAGUCGGGAGACCCCGCCAUCGUGCCCAAGAUCGCAGACGAGCCGGCCAUGGUGCAUCGUACCGGCGCCGCCAGCAAUCCGGAUCUGGCCGAGCUCUCCUUCAUCUGCGUGCCUAUCAAGUCAGGCAAUUCGGUAAUCGGCUCGCUCGGUACCGACAAGCUGUUCCCGCCCGAGGUGCAGUUCGACGAGGACGUGCGGCUGCUCUCGAUCAUCGCCUCCAUGAUCUCGCAGGCGGUCAAGCUGCGGCAGGCAGCGCAGGAGGAACGGCGCCGGCUGUUGGAGGAGAACGACCGGCUGCGGGAGGAACUGAAGGAUCGGUUCCGGCCCCAGAAUCUGGUUGGCAAUUCGGAAGGCAUGCACAGCGUGUUUCGCCUGGUGGCCCAGGUGUCUCGCAGCGAUACCACCGUCCUGUUGCGCGGCGAGACCGGUACGGGAAAGGAUCUGGUAGCCCACGCGAUCCACUACAACAGCGCCCGCGCCACGAAGCCGUUCAUCAAGGUGAACUGCGCCGCGUUGCCGGAAUCGGUUAUCGAGAGCGAGCUGUUCGGGCAUGAGCGUGGCGCGUUCACCGGCGCCGUGGCGACGCGCAAGGGACGCUUCGAGCUGGCCCACGGCGGGACGCUGUUUCUGGACGAGAUCGGCGACCUGUCCCCGGCCACCCAGGUGAAGCUGUUGCGCGUGCUGCAGGAAGGUGAGUUCGAGCGCGUCGGCGGCAACACCACCCAACGCAGCGACGUGCGCGUCAUCGCCGCCACCAACCGCAACCUCGAGGAGCUGAUCGAACGGGAGGAGUUCCGCGCCGACCUCUACUACCGGCUCAACGUGUUCCCGAUCCACAUCCCACCGCUGCGCGAGCGCAAGACCGAUCUGCUGCUGCUGGCGGACUACUUCGUCGCCAGGUACGGUCGCGAGAAUCACAAGGACGUCAAGCGCAUCACUACGCCCGCAAUCGACAUGUUGAUGAGUUAUCACUGGCCGGAAACGUGCGCGAACUGGAGAACUGCAUCGAGCGGGCAGUACUGCUGA